ACCUUAACACGUGCACCCCAGACACACCCCCAGCACUCCCCAGACACUCCCCAGCACUCCCGGACACACCCCCUGAUAUCCUGCAGCCUGAAGGAUCUCUGAAGGAUAUUGUAGCGAAGGAUUGGGGGUUUUGAAGGGUCCUGUUGAGUUUUUUUAAGUAAAGGACAGUUUUUUGUGGUUUCAAGAUGCCGAGUGGUGGGCGUGAGUGCAUCAGCAUCCACGUGGGGCAGGCUGGGGUGCAGAUGGGCAAUGCCUGCUGGGAGCUGUACUGUCUAGAGCACGGUAUCCAGCCAGACGGGAUGAUGCCAUCAGACCAGACGAUUGGGUAUGGCGAUGACUCCUUCAACACCUUCUUCAGCGAGACACGAACUGGCAAGCAUGUACCCAGAGCUGUCUUCGUAGACCUGGAGCCGACUGUUGUGGAUGAGAUCAGGACGGGCACCUACAGGCACCUCUUCGCGCCAAACUCACUGCACACCGGGAAGGAGGAUGCUGCCAAUAACUACGCCAGGGGACACUACACUGUUGGCAAGGAGCAGCUGGAGGUGGUGAUGGACACAAUACGCAAGCAGGAGGAGGCGUGUUCUGGGCUGCAGGGUUUCCUCGUCUUUCACUCCUUCGGGGGCGGCACUGGCUCAGGCUUUGGCUCUCUUCUGAUGGAGCACUUGUCCCUUGAUUAUGGCAAGAAGUCUAAACUGUGCUUCUCUAUCUAUCCUGCUCCUCAGGUGUCGACAGCCGUGGUGGAGCCGUACAACUCCAUCCUGUUCACCCACACCACGCUGGAGCACUGUGAUGUGGAGUUCAUGGUGGAUAACGAAGCCAUCUACAAACUGUGUCAGGACGGACUCAACAUUACUCGGCCAACCUACACCAACCUGAACAGAAUGAUUGGCCAGGUGGUGUCCAGCAUCACAGCAUCUCUACGCUUCGACGGGGCUCUCAAUGUUGACCUGACAGAGUUCCAGACCAACCUUGUGCCCUACCCAAGGAUCCACUUCCCUCUGGCCACCUAUGCCCCAGUGGUCUCAGCUGACAAGGCCCAGCAUGACAACUUCGACGUGCGUACAAUCACCGCCAAGUGCUUCGAACCCAACCAGCAGAUGGUGAAGUGCAACCCACAGGAAGGGAAGUACAUGGCGUGCUGCAUGUUGUUCCGAGGCGACGUGGUGCCCAAGGAUGUGAACGCUGCCAUUGCUGAACUGCGCACCAAGAGAACCAUUUCCUUUGUUGACUGGUGCCCCACGGGAUUCAAGGUGGGCAUUAACUACCAGCCGCCGACAGUGGUGCCUGGCGGGGACCUGGCCAAGGUGGAGCGGGCAGUGUGUGUCCUGUCAACACCACAGCAGUGAAGGACGCCUGGAAGAGAC